AAUUGUACUACCAUAAUCUUUGUUAGCCUACAUUAAUAAUAACAAGACUGUCACCCUCACAAGACACAGCGACGGAGUUACAGUAAAACACACAGUCACACACAAAAACUGCGUGCGUGAGAAAGAUAACACUUAUUUAAUCUUCAAAAAUCCUUCUUUUUAAACAACCCUUUUCAGUUUUUAUUAAAAUCCCAUAAUCCAAUCCAGUUUUCCAAAUUACAGGAUAACUUGAUAAAAUAGCGACCUUUUCUGCAACAAUGGUGGUGGGUUUAUUCCUCAAUCAUGGCGUUGUAGAGUAACUUUUCUAAAUUAGAGGAGGCUAAACUUAUAGAAAGGAAAAGGAAUUGAAGGGCAGUGACAGAAAUUGUUCUGGAUUGUAUAAUGAGAACGAUUUGUGAUAUAUGUGAGAACGCUGCCGCUGCUGUGUUUUGUGCGGCGGAUGAGGCAGCCCUUUGUCCUCCUUGUGACGAGAAGGUCCAUAUGGUUAACAAGCUAGCUAGUCGACAUGUUAGAGUUGGGCUUGCGGAACCCAGUGAAGUUCCACGAUGCGACAUAUGCGAAAAUGCGCCUGCAUUUUUUUAUUGUGAUGUCGAUGGAAGUUCCCUCUGCAUGGCUUGUGAUAUGAUGGUCCAUGUUGGGGGGAAAAGAACACAUGGCCGGUAUCUCCUUUUAAGGCAGAGAGUUCAGUUUCCAGGGGACAAAUCUGGCCGUCCUGAUGAGGUGGCAUUGCAGUCCUCCAAUCCUGGUGAAACAAAAAUGGAAAAUCAUCAGCCACCUAAGAUAUUGUCGGGAAAUGAAAAUGGAAGAAAUAAUGCUGUCUUUUCAGUUCCAAUGCUAGGAAGUGAGACUGAUGGGGCUGGCAAAGCUGAAAGUAAGUUUAUUGAUCUCAAUGCUAAACCUAGAAGGACACUUGGACAAGCUUCAAGUAAUCAGGGACGUGAAAUGUCGAGCAAUCAUGAACCUGCAAGCGGAAUUCCAGUUGCAACCUUAAAAAGAGAACUUGACAAGUGACUAUAUAUACAAAAACACACUGCUAUAUCAUUGAAAGUCUUUACGUAUUCAAUUGCUGGAAAAAUAUUGUCGUGGUUUAUCUGCAAAAGCUCAGGCAGUAUCAAUUUCCAGAUCAGUUCUGAGCCAGAUUCAUCGAGAUUGUUACUUUCUGAAGCCAACGAGCACCAACUCCCCCAGAUACGACGCAGUGUUGACCCAAGUCAGUUCUACACUUUUGAUAUUCUAAAGAGGCCAAAACAUUGACAAGAUUAGAUCAUGGUGAUUCCAACAAAGUUUUGCUUUUAAGAAAAGUUUCCCGUUUGAAUAUCAUUGAACUGGGGUAGACUUGUGGCUAUUUUUAUUUUCUUUGUCCAGUUUUCAUAGUGUAACUGUGCAUCACCUCUGAGUAGUAGGCAAUUCUUCUUCUUCUUCUUCUUCCUUUUUAAUAUAUGAAACUGGAAACAUCCACUCUGAAUGAAAAGGCUACUGGUGUAAGGGUAUACUGUAUGCAUGCCAGGAAUUUGUGGUAUAAAACCUCCUAAUGGUUGCAUCAAUGGUGGAAUUUGGCUGCUCAGGUUAAGAUACCCUUUCAUCAUUCUAAAUAAUUCACCUUUGAAUAACAAGCAUCUACACUGACAAGUAUCAUUCUGUGAACGCUGACAGAGUGACAGCCAUCCCAGAGGAAAAAAAAAAAAUAUUGUAGUAAUGCUGCCCCAUCAUUCUCCCCCUUCUCUUUCAAUAGUGGUAAGGCAUGGGAGACGUUACAUUUAUGCAGAAUGUGACCUUAAGUUAUGGCUGGAACAAGAUUUGAUGGGUAAUUUCUACCCAUGAAAUGCUGUCAACUUGAUGUUCAACGUUUAUAUUUUAAGCUUCUGAGUUUGACGGAUAUAAUAGACAAAAGGUAACUCUUACAGCAUCGUCAGUUUGAGAUCGUGAUGCAACUGCGCUAUCUCUUGCACAGUCAGAAGAGUCAAGAUACCCACUUAAAUCCAGGAUUUGCCUCUUCCAGGAUUAGUUGAUUGGCUUUAUCACGACAUUGUAGGGAUUAGCUAUCCCCGUCGCGUUGUUGUAUAACUUUGAAGCAAUAUAAGUACUCCCUUUUGCACCAAAAAAAGAAGAGUCAAGAUACCCCAAACUAGGCUCAAUUCAAAUCUUGAUCAUCGAAUUAUCCAUGAAGUAGUUUUUUUUUUGGAUAAUGGAUCCAUGAAGUAGUUCGUUAAGGUCAUUUUGCAAUCUGGAAUGGUUAGACAUCAUUCAUUUGUUGACGGGUUAUAGCUUCAUGAUCAUCAUCAUCAGGUAAAGGGCACUUAUAAGCGUACUUUUACAUUAGAAGGACUCCCACUUUGUUAGUUCCAUUAUGUGGCAUCCCAAC